UUGAUCAUAUAGCCUAGUUCUUUCUUUACCAUUAGUCUACGCAUCAUGGGUGUAACGAGCAUUUCACAGGAGUUCUUGUGCCCGAUUGCCCCAUCGCGCAUGUUCCAGGCUUUGAUCAUAGACUCUAAGAACUUGAUCCCAAAGCUAUUGCCCCAGUUCAUAGCAAGCGUUGAGCUAACUCAAGGAGAUGGCGGAGCAGGAAGCAUUGAACAAGUCAACUUCACAGAAGGUAACCAUUACAAGUACGUCAAGCACAGAAUCGAUGAACUCGACCGGGAUAAUUUCGUGUGCAAGUACACUAUGAUUGACGGAGAUGCCUUAGGUGACAAGCUUGAGUCUAUCGGCUAUGAGGUCAAGUUUGAGGCCGCUAGCGAUGGGAGCUCUAUCUGCAAAAUGACAAGUAAUUACAACACCAUUGGAGAGUCUGAUGUUAAGGAAGAAGAGAUUAUAGCAGGAAAGAAUAGUGCUAUGGGGAUUUACAAAGUUAUUGAAGCCUACCUCGUAGAGAACCCAAAUGUUUAUUCUUGAAUUGGGUCUUCACCACCGAUCAUUUGAUUGAUCGAGCUCUAUAUUUCACAUAGUUACACAGAUACACACAUAUGUCACUUAGUCACAGAUUUACAGCAACUAUAUUUGUUUAAGAUUAUAUCUUGUGAACCCUCAAAAAGGAUUAAUACAUCAUAAUAAGAAUUCAUUAAGACAAGAAUAAAGUGAGUAGAAAUUGCUUCUUUAUUAUUGUAAUACAACAAUCUUCUUCCAAAUUCAAGCUGGCAUGGGAAGACUAUCACUGAUGUGCAAGGUGCA